AUGGACACAUUCUUCUCGUAUGGAACGUGCUGUGAUAACGAGUGUUGCUAUCGUCUCAGAUAUUGGGUCUAUCCCGCCAGUAUAGCAGGCAUAGGAUUCGUGGCUGGCGCAUUCUUCGCCCUUUGCUUUCAAUGUCGCUGA